AUGCCACGAAAAACGAACAUUGAUUUGAAAAGACAAGCCAGAAAAAUGGUGUACGACGUUUAUUGCUGGUUAAAAAAAGAUGCAAAGAAUGAUAAAGAAGCUUUUGACCAAUCGGUUAUAAGGAGAUGCGUCCACAAUUUUCAUCUGACAAAUAAAGAGCUUCCGACUAUAGAGAAGCUACGAGAAAAAUUAAAACAGGAUAUUAAUUUUACCGGAUCUGAACGCAGCUUACGACGAGUUUUAAAACAGUUGGGCUUUCGAUGGAAGAAAUCAGAAAAUAAUCGAAAGCUGCUAAUAGAAAAAAGUAAUAUUCGAUUCCUAAGGAUUGAAUUCCUUCAAAAAAUCAAAAAGUUCAGGGAAGAAGGUAGACCCAUAAUAUACACCGAUGAGUCUUAUGUGGACUCAUCUCGUGCUAGCACUAAAGCUUGGUCAGAUGGGUCAACCCAAGGUUUGAAAACACCAAUAUCAAAAGGGCAGCGCCUAGUUAUUGUACACGCAGGAUCCGAGAAUGGCUUUGUGCCCAAUGCACUGCUGUUAUUUAAAGCUGGCACAAAGUCUGGGGAUUAUCAUGAUAACAUGAAUUACGAAAAUUACGAAAAAUGGCUACGUUCGCAACUAAUGCCAAAUCUGCCACCAAAUUCGGUUGUAGUCGUAGAUAACGCCUCGUAUCAUAAUAAACAGAGCGAGUUAGCCCCCACAUCCAGUACGAAAAAAGCAGAUAUGCAGAAAUGGCUCCAAGACAAAGGUAUAGCAUAUCGCGAAAAUAUGUUAAAACCGGAGUUGUAUAAUUUAAUAAAAUUAAAUAAAGACUUACACAAAAAAUUCAGCGUAGACAACAUUCUGGCUGAAAAUAACCAUUCCGUUCUUCGUUUGCCACCCUACCAUCCUGAUCUCAAUCCAAUUGAGAUGGCAUGGGCAAAUAUAAAAGGAUAUGUCAGCGAUAAAAAUGUUACGUGGAAUUUUGAAAAGGUGAAAGAGCUAGUGAAAGAGAAAGUUGCAGCAAUGGGUCCCAGCGAAUGGGAAAGACUCUGUAAAAAAGUAAAAGAAAUUGAAGACGAAUAUAUCAAAAGUGAUCAUGUUGUAGAUAUGGUCACUGACCAGUUCGUUAUAUUUGCUGAUGACGAAAGUGACAGCGACGAUGACGAUGACGAUGAUGAAGAAGAUGAUGAAACAACUGAACCCACCCCUGGCACCAGCUCGGCUUCGACUGGUUUCAAUUUAAUAGAAGGCAUUUCUAUACUUCCUAUUGAUGAAGAUGAUUAGCAGCAGUACCAAACUUUACGAUUUUAAUAUAUUGUUUUCUUACUCUUCUCAUUUUACUUGUAUCAAUUACUUUUAUUAUUUUUUUAUUAUACAGAAGUCAUAAAAACUUUAAAAAGAAAUAAAGAAAUUAAAUAACGACUAAAAUGUAUUUCAUUUUACAUAUUUCAUCUUAUUUUAAUUGCUAAUCUACCAAAGAAGUCAUUUCUAAUCUCUUUCUCUCAG